AACCGUACUCUGUGGGUCACGAUAGUUAUGGUGGACCAGGGCGAUAUAUACCUCCCAGUCAAUAUAUGAGCGGUGGAUACAAUCCAUUGGAAAGCGGAGGAUCCAACGCGUCACCAAUAUAUCCUCCAAAUCGCAAUCUCUACAAUCAGCCAGGGGCUGCGAGAGGCGAUUACUUCCCACCAGGUCAGCAGCAACCUGACGGUGCUUCCCUUUUCAGCGGAUAUGCACCAGGUCCUCCGAGAAUGCCCGGUCAAGAAACAGGUAGACCACGGGUAGAUUCAUCCUCGACUGGCCACGGACAUCCACUGUCGGAAGUCGCAACAACAGUCCCAUAUGGUAGCACCGCUUAUACUGCCAACUCGAACGGAUCUAGUCGGCUACCUGAACAUGGUCACUCUGUUCUGAACGUAUCCGAACAACCCUUACCUCCUCUCCCCGCCAAUAACCAAUCUCUAGCCCUCCACACUGCACCACCUCUACCAGCCGGCCGUAUACCCCCGAGGAAGGGGCAAGUGACCCUUCCACCUAGCGCCACAGCUGAACAACAACAAGAGUUCCGCGGUUUGUCAGAGGAGGAGCUACGGAGAAGAAGAAUGAACGUUGAGGGCCGAGAGCAAGACUUUGGGCCUCUCCUCAUGGACGAUGUUUUACCUUCUCAGCCAGGUGUUCCGCUACCUCCAGAUUAUUCACAAGCUACAGAAGUUUUGAGGCGGUAG